AGCUCACUCAACCAAGUCCUCCCCCCUCCGCGCUUGGAUCGUCCGUCUCUCUCUCUCCCUCCCCCUCUCUCUCACUUUCAAGCCAAAGUAAUUUCACUUUGGCAACCCGGUUUCAAUUUUUCAGUGACGAUCACGGGGUGGGCAAGGGCCAAAAAGAUCCAAAUACUCAAGUGAAGCCAAUAUAUAGAUAAGCGUAAAAAUAAGUAAACGAAUGUAAUGUAACACUGACAUAACAUUAUUAGAGUAUUUGAAAACUUUCACUUGCAGUUGGUUGGCGCCCAAGGAGUUGAAGUAGUAUUAGUAGUUGUUAGUACGUAUCUCCAUCUGGUGCACGCCAUAUACAUUGGUUUUCAAAAUGCUCAGAAUAAGUUGUAGUUAUUUCUACUAUUCUUUCUCGCUAGUUUUGUGGGUGAAUGUUUUAAACGACUUAUGUUCCUGUGCCGAGACAUCACACAAUGUGCCUUAUCCCGCCGAGUACAACAACGUCACAUUUUUGACGGAACCCCCUGAGUGGCUGAAACCAUGCAAACGGAAAGAUCCAAAGCUGAGCGAAUGUUUGCGAGAUACCUUCCAGAACAUGUUUCCUUGGUUGGCUAAGGGUAUCCCGGAAAUUGGGAUCAGACCUUUCGAACCUUUAUACAUAGACCGGGUUGGAAUCAAAAAGGGCCAAGGAGCAGUAACUUUAACUGGCGCUUUCACAGACCUCAUUGUGCACGGACCAAGUAAUACAACGGCAGUUUACACCAGGAUGGAUUUCAAGAAAAACAGAUUCGAUAUUGGUUUGAUUAUCCCUGUGAUAAAACUUGAUGCAAAAUACGACUUGAAAGGAAACAUCUUGCUGUUACCAUUGGUCGGUGUGGGUGACGCCAAACUUCACUUACGUAAUGUAACAACUCAUGUGCAAACAAGGAUAAGUUUCCCUAAAAUCAGAGGCGAGGAGAUAAUGUAUGCAACCAGCAUGAGGGUCGAAUUUAGUCUAUCUGCGAUGCGAGUUCAUCUAGAUAAUCUCUUCAACGGAAACAAAGUGCUCGGUCGAACGGUGAACCAGUUUCUGAACCAAAACUCAGUGGAAGUUGUUGAAGAAUUGAAAGAAAAUAUUGGAGAGAGUCUUUCCAAUGUUUUCCGAAAGAUAAUGAACGAUGCUUUCAGUCACAUUCCUACUAAAAUGUGGCUACUGACUGAUUGAUGAACUCAACCGAGUGUUUUUAUUGUUACUUUUUUUAAAAAUUAUGUGUAGA